UGGAGCUUUGCUAGAAGUGAAAUGGCUCCAAGUGGUAUUCUAGUGUUGGCAGCAUUUUCCCUUGUAACUAUGUUUUGGGAAGGUUCAAUAGCACAAUCAGGGUGUAUCAAUGUUCUUAUUGGAAUGUCUCCCUGCCUGAACUACGUUACUGGAAGUUCGAAAAUGCCAUCUUCUUCUUGCUGCUCAUCACUUGCUAAUGUUGUAAAGUCACAGCCAAAAUGUCUUUGCGCUGCACUUGACGGUAGUACAUUGACUGGGUUAGGAAUCAGUAUCAACAAAACCGUUGCAUUAGCACUUCCUAGUGUUUGUGACGUGAAGACUCCACCUGUUAGCCGAUGCCAAGCUGAAAAUAAUGCACCAACUAUGGCUCCUGCUGAAUCUCCAAAAAGUUCAAAGAAUCUUAACUCAAUUGUACCAACAAUGGCUCCGGUAGAAUCUCCAAAAAAAUCAAAGGGAUCUACCUCAAAUGGACCUUCGCCUACUGGCGGACUAUUCAUCGCAGGACCCAAACAAGUUCUCGAAAGUCCUUGACAUGCUGAUGCUGGGGCGAUUACAAAACAAAAUAGAUACUGAUGUUGAGUAUUUCACUCUUGUUUGUUACCUUGAAACUUUAGCUAUCACUUCUACUCCUCUGGAGAUACAUUAUCUACAAUAAACUAUGUGUGCUUACAAUUACUUGAUCGAUAUUCUAUCUUUUUAAUGUUUUCCUUGAGCAUGUAACGUUAUAACCUUUCAAGUGAUUACAUCGAUCAUCAUAUUAUAAUAUAUGUUUUCUUCUUUCUCAAGGUUUUUAUACCUCA